AUGACUUCUCAGAACACAUUCUCGAGGGAGCUGUGCUACGCUGGGCCGGUAGUCACAUCUCCAGCUUCCGGCGGUCCAUCUCAGACGAGACGGUGUAGACGGAUCCUAGGCGCUUCUCAAGUAGCCGACCAGAUUUUCCAUGGAGACUCGGAGGUGCAUAGCGAAGACUUCAGAUGCGGCGGCCCUGUGCUGGCCACUCUGCCUGCGGCCACCGAGAAUAUCAUUGACGAACACCCUCUCCAGGUCAGGUUCAAGAAAUCAUUGCGCAAAGAGGUGCUGGCCAUCUGUCGUAAAUGGUCGAUACGGCUGGACAAGGCCCGUAAUCCAAGCCCGGUCCUCGUCAGACGGGCUUCUGAUACUGACUUCAACCCGGCGCCCGAGGAGUGGCUUGACACUGUCCUGAUUUACGCGAAAAGAAAGGCGAUUGAUGACCUUAACUGGUUCGAGGCCUGCCGUGAGAUUCGACAGGUCUUCCUCCGGGAACAGCUGGCCAAGUUGAAUGUUGAGAUCAUCGAUCGCUCUCGUAGCCGAGAUAGCAUGAAGGCUUUCCCCCUGCUGGGCCACAACGAUCUCAUCGAGAACUGGAACUAUGUACGAUCAGCGAUACUGGAGGUUCUGGCAGAUAGAGAAUGGGUUCUACUAUACCCUAUAGUAAGGGAGGACACUCGCAAGGGCGAAAGGAUCAAGACUAUCUCGGUCACGGUAAGGGAAGACACAACGGAUGACUGGACACACUCUCUCGACCAGAUAGUGAACAUCCUGAAUGACAGGCUGCUCUUCGACGUAGCUGUGGAAAUCCACCGCGGCUCGAUCCUCCACGCUCCGCCGUCACCGUUGGAUUCUAGGGGCUGGCGCGACCCGACCUGUCUGGGAGGCAGCGUCGGGCAUCGCGACUGUCGUGAGUCCUCGGGGACGUUUGGCGGCUAUCUGGAGCUGGAGCUGCCAGACGGCACCUGGAAGGAGUUUGGAGUGACCUGUUUCCACUGCGUCGUUCCGCAGAAAGGGAUAGGAAUCUGGGGCAGGUUUGGGGUUCAUCCGGACAACAGGUAUGAUAACAUACAGAUCGACCAUCCGAGUCGCAAACACCAUGAGUUCUCGCUCAAAUGGCACUCUGAGAUGUUGGACGAGGAGAAGAGAGAAAUGGCUGCGAUGGAAAAGGAGGCCAGGAAGACCGGCCAGACGUCUCCUGGUGUCGAUAUGGACUAUAUCCGAUGGCCAAGGGAGAACGUCAAUGAGAACUCCCGCCUUUUGAAGCAGGCUACGCAGUUCGUCGAUAAUGGGAAAAACCGUCUGGGGAGGGUAUAUGCUGCCUCUGGACUGCGGACAAACGAACAGUCUCGGUUCCUAGACUGGGCCUUGAUAGACGUCAAGAACGAGAGAAAGGGGCUGAACGAGAUACCCCGGAACGAGGACAAGAGUACAUGUCGUAUGCUUCGCGAACACCGGCCGCUGCCCAAGUAUCUCUACGACUCAACGCAGCCACUGCUCUCGUACGCCUUGCUGAUGAAAGAGGGCCAUCGAACCGGUCAGACGACGGGGAUAGUAGAUGCCAUCCGGGAAGCUGAUAUACAGUUCUGGAUUCCAAACAAAUUGGGGACUCUGAUCAGCUACACGGGCAAGGCAUAUUUAAUCACCCCCGUCUCUGAUCGGACAUUUGGGAACUUUGGCGAUUCUGGCUCGUUCAUGGUAGGAAGCAAGGGUAGUUUGGCUGGCCUAUACGUCGGUGGUGAUCGACAUAAUGGAAUUGGCCUGUUUACGAAGACCAGCGACCUGUUCGAGGACAUUAAAGAGGUGACUAGAGCCAGAAGCAUUCGGGUUCCUGGGGAAGAGAUUGGCUUGUCAUAUCCUGCUCUCGUGGAUACCAUGUCUCGCAUCAUUUGA